CCUCAAUCAGAAGAAGAUUGACCCGAAACGACGAAACCGCAGCCCUCAUUUUUGUCUUCUUCAUCAUUACAAAGAGAGAAAAAGAGAGAUAGAUAUCGGGUUCGAUGGGGAGAGGAAAGAUAUUGAUAAGGAGGAUCGAUAAUUCAACGAGCAGACAAGUGACGUUUUCGAAGAGGAGGAAUGGAUUGUUGAAGAAGGCGAAGGAGCUGGCGAUUUUGUGUGAUGCGGAGGUUGGAGUCAUCAUCUUCUCCAGUACUAGCAAGCUCUAUGAUUAUGCAAACACCAGCAUGAAAUCAGUGAUUGAAAGAUACAACAAAGCAAAGGAGGACAACACUUAUAAAUUGGGAGAUCCAACUUCUGAGGUCAAGUUUUGGCAAAGGGAAGCUGCACUGCUGAGGCAACAACUAGAGAACUUGCAAAGGAAUCAUCGAAAAAUGAUGGGUGAAGAGCUAUCAGGACUGAAUGUCAAAGAUUUACAGAACUUGGAAAAGCAACUUGAAACAAGUCUGCGUGGUGUCCGUGUGAAAAAGGACCAAAUUCUGAUUAACGAGGUACAAGAACUAAACCGAAAGAGAAAUUUCAGCCAUCAAGAAAACAAGGAUCUUCAUAAAAAACUAGACAUUGUUCGUCGAGAAAAUAUGGAAUUGUAUAAGAAGGUUUAUGGAAAUAGAGAUGCAAAUGCAGUGAGCAAAAUGGCCAUGAGUUCAAGCAGUCUAAGCGUCAAAGAGGACCCUCUCGCACCUCUUCAUCUCCAGUUAAGCCAACCACAACUACAACACUAUGAAAUGCCAGGAACUACAAAAUUGAGGCUGUCACUGCAUUAGUGGAGAAGAUGCACGUAAUGUGCGCUAUUAGUGUUGUCAUCAAUGUUCUAAAACAUUCUUUUCUUUGUCAAUGAGCUUCUUCUGAAGGGGAAACACUAAUUUGUCCAUAUAUUUGUCAUUCAUGUCUA